GGGGUCUUCUUCUUCUUCUUCUUUUUCUUCUCAAAUCUUCAAUGGCGAUUUCUUCUUCUUCUUCGUCCUCCUCUAUAUGUUUUAACUCCACUCGAUCGCACACAGCUCGCCUGAUUUCAUCUCCCUCGCGUCUCUUCCCAGUCACCAGCUUCUCCCCUCGCGCUCUCCUUCUCUCCGAUAGACGAUCUCUCCUAUCUUCCUCCGCCUCUCGCCACCGUCUCUUUCCUCUCUGCGUUCAUGAUUCUCGAGCAGCUGAAGUUACAGAACGAUCAUGGGAAGACUCAGUCCUCAAAAGCGAAACGCCUGUGCUAGUAGAAUUCUACACAAGUUGGUGCGGUCCAUGUCGGAUGGUGCACAGGAUUAUAGACGAAAUAGCAUUGGACUAUGCCGGAAAACUAAAUUGUUAUGUCCUGAACGCAGACAAUGACUUGCCGGUGGCUGAAGAGUACGAGAUAAAGGCUGUGCCAGUAGUUCUGAUUUUCAAGAACGGGGAGAAACGAGAGUCCAUCAUGGGUACAAUGCCUAAAGAGUUCUACAUUUCCGCCAUUGAAAGAGUCUUGAACUCAUGAAGAAGAUUCCGUUUGCUUUCAGCUUCUUUGAUUACCCCAAGGCCCUUCUCGCUACGUGGAUGAAAUUAUCAACAAGGCUGAGCCAUGCUUGACGAGGAGGAGAUUCAAAAGACAGCAAGACAAGAAACCCUACAAAUACAGUCACAUAGGCCACUGUAAGGCUCCAAAAGAAGACUACCAUAUCAAACGCAGUGUCUUCAUCUUCAACAUAACUACAGCUCCCGUUGGUGGGUAGUCCGCACAGAAUCGGAUUACCUACAUGACAGCUUGAACAAGUUAUUCCAAUAGAAUACGAGAUAUCAUUACAUAGUGAUAAACUCGCUUGAAACCAUUAAUUAGAACCUCAAUCCAUGACUGUUCUAAAUUCUUUGCCUAUAGUAGUGAUUAACUGUUCCUAUCA